UGGUAACUGGGGUUUGGUAACGUAUGAUUUCGAAUGCGUACGAAGUGUAACAUUAGUUUGACCUACCGCGUUACACUUCGGUAAGCUGUAGUGGCAUUUGUUUUUAUUCUCUUGUUAUGAAGUAAUGCUCGGUACUACUCAUAUAAUUCGAAUCUCACAGAGAUUCGUCGAAAAAGCAAACCUGCUACAACUUAAUAAUCCACUUCAUGAUCCUGUUAUCCAUGUAGUUAAUUUAUAUGUAUUCUUGCAGAAGUAUGUAUAUGUUCCUCUACAAACAUUCAUUUGACAUAAUCUUUGUAGACAGAUCAGCUGUUUGUGGGACAGUGUUUUACUUACAGGUUGUUAACUCAUUACUUCGCAGAUAGUGACUUGUCUGUUCAUCCCCACUGACUGUUCAUAAUUAUUCAGAAAUUUAUCUUGGAUACACAUCAGUCAUGUAAUUCCCAAGCUUGAUCACUGAUUUUUCAAAGUGCUGAUUGGCAUUGUGGGUAACUCUGGGAAGAAGUAGAUGUCGGCGAAACUAUGUCAUUAUUUUGCUUCGUGUUAGACUCAUAAAGUAUACCAUACUGACGAACCAGUGUGAUAUAUGAUGUACUGGCGAAACUGUAAUUUAUAGACGACCUUCGAGUGGUAUUGUAGCGGCCUCGAGAAACUAUCCACCUAUCUAGGUUACAAAUUGGUGUAAUGAAUUAUGACUCGGUGUUUAAAUUAGAGUAACAAAUUACAGUUAGGGUUUUUUCAUUACUAACGGGCAUCAGGUAUAAUGGCAGAAUGUCAUUAAGCUGUAUGGAUGAAUAAAUAUUGUGCCAAAACCCAGUGACCGCUCUCAUAUUUGGCUUGUCCGUCCUAAAAUUAUGGUCUUGCCACCUAGUAAGCUCAGUUACAAAAUACACCUGCUUCUGAAAUACAUUGUAUCUAAGAUGUCAAUCUCUCACUGACCUUACCCGACGCGAUUCGAGGCACAGUCAGUUGUCUGUGUCCCUAAAAAGGUUUCCGCACUCUAACAUUAACUAAUUCCACCGAACACAAACCGUCUUAUCUCCAACUACUACCUCUAACACUUAAAUCCAAACUCCAAGCUUUACUACUAACCUUGUGUCCUAUCCCGAACCCUCCAUAUCUGUCGACCUUACCCUGUCUCCUAGUUCUUAGCCCUAACCUUUUCUUUUGUUCGCUUUAGCAAAUAAUUUAGCAUGUAAACAUUAAUUGGUGUCGUCAAGGCUGUUCGUCCGUUGUCAUUUUAUUAGUUUGUUUUACCUCGUUCCAUAACUGCAUUAUUUUCUUUCUGUCUGAUAACUUACUUAGGGUCCUCAGCAUAUUCUACUUCUAUCAUUUGGUAGCCGUGGUAGUAUCUACGAUUUUCCCGGUCAGGAUUCUCAUAUUUUAUGUAGUUGGCAACAUUGGGGAAAGUUCAAAACCUGUUGACUCAUCCUUUGCUCUCCUUUAACCGAAUCAACUCAAUUUCAUCUUCAAUUCCGUUUGUCUCUAAUAAGUUGUAUUUUACUGUGUCGUGACCAAGUGAUAUCACUCUUGUUUGUGCUUCUCGUCUCUAUAUUGUCAUGUUUCUAAUAUUUUUAGGCUCAGUAACGUUAGCUAGUUUUUAUUUAACCCGUUCAUGUUUUUUGUACACUUACAUCUACUUGGUCAGUCAGUUGUGCUAUGCAUCCGUACCAGGUCUUAUUUUAUCUAUAAUAGACUGAAAUAACCAAUUACUCCCCCUAAGUGCCAUAUAUUUAGUUAGAAAUGUCCUUCAGUGUUGCAUAAUCACAUUUCAAGUAGUGAUCUGUCAGCUUUCCGUAUUUUGCUAGCAAAAUUGUAUACUCAUCUAAUUGGUCGUUCGGACCUUAUUUACGGGGGAAUAUAGUGGGUAACGCGUAAAACUCAUAAGUAAUGACAAGGAAUGAUGAAUUUCAAAAGUGGGUUCGACUGCGGUGGUUUUCUUAGACUGUAGUGUAACUCACACUAGUGAUAAAAGAUACACCUACCUAAAGUCGAUUUUGUUUAUUCUGAUUCAUAUAAUCCAUAAGUAUCUAUAAAUAUUUCCAAUCAGCUAAUGCCUUACUCCUAAUAACAAAUGUUCAUUUAGUCGGUCUAGGUUUAGUUAGACAACCAAGGCUUCUUAAAUGAUAUCAUCAAAAUAUAUUCUUUUCGGUACCAUUAAUUCAGAGGAAAACUCAUCUUACUGAACUCUUAAGUAAACGAAUAUAAAAUCGAAGAUUAAAUAAGUAUUUAGUGUUUCUGUUCAUUAUGGAGAUGAAAGACAAAGGAUUAAUGUUUAGUCAAACUGAUGUAAGAUGUAAAAUCAAUAUGUUUUGUUUCUCGUUUUGAAUCCCAAAACACGGUACUUUCCAGCCGAUGCUUUCGGUCCUGAAAACUAAAAUCAAACUUAUGGGCACGCUGACUAGUCAGUCAGUUAGUCAUAUCUAACAAAAAGUCUGGGGCAUAUGUACAUCGAUCCGAGUCGCCACAGCUCAUCAGCACAGCAAAAUGGCAGAAUUGUAGAAGUAGCAACAUUAUUGGUGGUAGUAGAAAAGAGUAAAUAUGGAUGACAUAAUUCAAGAAGAAAAUAUGGGCUUGUGUAAUGGAAAAACUCAGGAUAAUUAUUAAGAUCUAAAUGAAGACCGAAAGUAACUACAUUUGUGCCAUUAAGACUGAUUUUGUACAGCGUCACCCAACAUUUACAACCAUCAAUUGUGAUAACCUCGUGAACUCUAACUAGGUAAUCUACAUCUAUCACCAUGGUUCGAACCAAGAGUCAGUGACUACAGAAUGAUGUCAUGUCUUCAUUUGAUAGCCCUUAACUUUUUCCAAUCUACUUCUAGACAAACAGACAUCGCCUGUCGAGGAAAAUGGUUGUUGUGGAUGCGUAAUAUAUGUUCCAACCACCUUGAAUUAUAUAGAUCCAUUGCUUUAUCAACCGAUUUGGCAUCCUUACCUAAUACUCAGUAUCUAACUUCAAAACCCACCGGAGUUGAUUAGGGCGCUCAAUUACUUCGCUCAUACUUCCAAGCCAGCUUUAAAGCGACACGGACUAGUUAUGUGAGAUUUUUGAUUGGUGAACAUUGCUCUCUUCCAUGAACAUUCUUUGUUAGAAAAGAUGUACAGGGGAAAUAUUUUUAUCGUGCGAGGGUACCAAAAUGAUUGUGUUUCCCGAUUAUUUUGAACAAAUUUUAAGGUGCCGUCCCCACUUUUCAAACAUGUUGUUCAAAACACAGUAUACAUAAACACCUGACUCAAAAACACAGAGUAAGAUAGUCAAUCAUUUAGACCACUUUAAUUAUUGAGAGAUAUGCCUUUCUUUUUCGCUUAGUUUCUGUAAAGGUACAAAUGUUUUGUGUACGGUUUUUUAUCAUGCUGUGUGUGGUAUAUCUGAAUACACAUAGGGGAAAAAGUAUGUUGCUUCGUAUUUUCGUCUGUAUAAUUUAGUGUCUAUGAACUACGAUAAUGACGACUUGCAUAGGAAGGUGUAGUUAGUGCAAGGUAUAAAUAUAUGAUUCGCGAAUUUAUAUAUUAUGGCAAAAUCAUAUCAAUAUAGUUGGAAGAAUCCACUCCAAAAUCUCCCGUUAUUUGUUUCUGUAUUAUUUUUUUGACCUGUUUUCUCGUUUUAUACUAUUGAUUUACGUCUUUUGUCAUGAGUGAAAUACAGAUCGAUACGAUUUUUAGCUCAGCUGAAACUGCACUUUAGGGUAGGUUAUCAGGUACAUGUUUUUACUACCGUUGACAAAUGGGGCGUUGAAAAGUGCUCCAAAUAAAUAGACUACCAAUUUUCUAAGGUAUGAAAAAGGGAAAUCAUCUAGUAAUAAGAUAUUUAUAUUUUAUUUAACACAUAGAUAUUGGUACAAAGAGGCACCAAAUACAUAUGCGCCACACAAAUCUCAUUUGAUAUGUGUGAGGGCUGUGAUACUGCCCGGGUGCCCAAACCGAAGCAGGUAGUAAUAUGAUGGAUAGGAAAAUCAUGUUUUUGCACCUUAAAAGACUAUUAAAUUACGCGUUAUUUAUUUAUUUGUUUGUUUGAACACAGAUAUUGGUACAAAGGGGCACCUAAUACAUAUACGCCACAUAAGUCACUUGACUUGUGUGUGGGGUAUAAUACUGCCCGGGUGCCCAAACCGAGGCAGGUGGUUUUCUUAGGGGGCCACGAUCGGAGCCUUCGACCUUAAGGUCUGAUCCAUGAGGCAGUGGAGCAACGUCACAUGCAGUCCGAUUGUAGCCGGUGACCGAUAAUUGGUUCAUACGCCAUUUAUUCCUCUAGGUUCCCGGAGACCAUGUGCACCGUUAAUUUGGAAUCAGGGUUUUCCAACUCCCCUAGGUGGACUCUUCGUAUCCACCAACCCGGUUAAAACGUCGAACAUUCGCUUUUCGUCUUCUCAAUUUUGUAAACAAUACCCCCGUCACGGGAAGUUAGUGAGCAGGACUUCCCUGACAGUGGCUAUAUACGCGUGGAUAUUUGAAAGCAUUUGGGGGCAAAUUACAGGUUGCUCAUCCCCAAAUAUGUAUUACUGUUUAGAAAUAUUCAACGUGAUUGUCAACGACUUUGAUUUUGUGAUAUAUUUGGUAGCACCGUGCAACCAAAAUGUAUGAUUUCCAAUGGAAUCACAUCUAGCACUAAACCUGUCUUAUUUUAACGUAAUUAGGUUUAGCCCGAUAAAUUGACGAGUCAUUAUCAUCAUCCCAAAUUACUUUCUAGCUGUUCGCGUUUGCAUAGAAAUUCAUUCAUGUUAUUCUUUUCAGUUCAUCGUAAUUUUUUCAACGUCUGUUGUACUACUCAGCUGUUCGAACACCAUAGAUGAUUUUUCUGGGGUCACCUUCAAAUAUUCGGCCUAGAUUUCUGUAUCAACAAACCUGAUCCAAGCACCAAAUGUUUGUUUUCACCCUCACUUUUGUAGAGACAUGGCGAUGGUGAGCAAUAUCUUCUUAAACGAGACUAGUUGCACAACCGUCUGACGUUACUUCGAGAAAUGCAAACUGUCCACUUUCUACGGAACCACUAUGUUCAAUUGUAGACAUUUUACUAGCUUACAAGGUGCUAAUAUUAAGUCGAGUAGCACAAAUGUUUCUUUUGUUUGAUGUAACUUCAUUAUGAGCCAAAUCAUAUUUCGGCGUUUCCAUAGUUGUAUUAAAAUUGCAACCACAAGUCUCUGAUUCACGGGCUUAUAUUGCACACGUUUUCUCAAUGUUUGAUUGGAGUCUGGGGUUGGAAAUUAACUUUUGAUAAGUGGGAUUUUAAUAAAUCCAGAUAGACUGAAACUCUUUCCAGUUAAGACCGGUUUUGGGGUCUACAAAUGGAAGUAAGACAGUUUCCAGUAAAUGAAAAUAAACUAGUGAGAUAUACUCUAUCCGUCAUAUAGUUCAAAUAGUCAGUUAUCACCAGCAAUCAGUACGUCACUUGCUCCCGUUAAAUUCUGGAUUUGAUAAGCAAUAAAGUAAAAUAUAGCGUUUAAUCACUCGAGUGUUGUUAUUAUGUUUUGAUUUAGGUUUGAUCGUCACUUACUAUACGCAGUGUAGUACAAUAACGUCUUCUUUUUAUGAGUUUUGUGUACAAACAUUUAUCUAUUCUCUCAUAAUUCAGAUAAAUGUGUAUUAUAUUCUUGCUCGAUAUUACUUAUCUUUCUUAGUAAUGGCAGAUAGUGCUUCUGAAUUAGAACUGGAAUCUGAUGCGAGUUCCGUUGAUGGUACCAAAGACUCAUUGGUUACAAAUGAACAGAUUUUACGACGUAUCGAAUCUUUACAGCAAGAAAAUCGAGUUUUAAAAACUGAGGUAGAAACUUUGAAACUCAAGAUCAAAGGUCUGAACGACUUAAAUCAGCAACUGAGGCGUAAUAGUGUUAGUAUACAAGCGAAAGCAGAACAGGAAGAGGAAUAUAUUAGCAAUACUUUGUUGAAAAAGAUCACUGAGUUAAAAAAAGAGAAAGAAUCACUCGCAUUAAACUAUGAACAGGAAGAAGAAUGUCUUACCAAUGAGCUUAAUCGUAAAUUCACACAACUCAGACAAGAAAAAGUUGCACUGGAGCGUACUUUAGCUCGCGAACAAGAAAAUCAGGUCAGCAAAUUAAUGAGACGAAUCGAAAAACUAGAAACGGAUAUGAAUCACAAACAGGAUUGUUUGGAUCGCUUACGCAGAGAGAAAAUUGAAUUAGAGAAUGCACUUGAGCAGGAACAGGAAGCUUUAGUGAACAGAUUAUGGAAAAAGAUGGAAAAGCUUGAAUCUGAAAAGAAAAUAUUACGAGAGAAACUGGAAUCCGUUGGAGCUCCACUGCCCAGCCUUUCAAGUGCCCAAAACCUUGCCACUAUUUCAGAUGGUAUACCUAAUAACAGUUCAACAGUUCCCCGUCCUAUCAGUAGUGGACCCGGUAGUCUUCGUAGCUCUUUCAGACAACACAGCCACCUACCGCAUACUUCAUCUAGUUCAAUUGGUACCUCUUUUUCUGCUGUUACGUGUCCUGUUUCUCCUGGUAGAAUAUCUAUCUCAUCCGGUAGUGAGGAAAAAGCUCCACAAUCAAGUCAGUGUUCUUCUAUCCCCAACGAUUUGACCUCGAAAUCCAAUGUAUCUGAAUGUAAUGGCGCACCAUUUACACUACCACCUCAAAGUCCCAUGGAUAUCGAUGCAUUGGAUCCUAAUGCAAGUGGUGCAGCUAGUCCAUGUGGAAGUGUUGGUCUGCAAUCACUCCCAACUACUCCAAGUCACUCACACUCUUUAAGAAGUCCUUCAACACCUUGCGCUGUGCAUAAAGUGGUCAUUUCUCAAGAGUCGUUUACUCCUAAUCAGUCAUCAGAUGUCGUUCUUAGUACUUCUGCUCAUGUGAUUUCGACAUCAUACGUUAAUCGAUUGCGUGAUGAAGUUUGUCGUCUACGCCAAUUACUUCAACGCUAUGAAGCGGAGUCUGCUUGUAAGAUGCCUCAGUAUGAAUCAGAGGAAAAAUCAGUUGCUGAGGAAAACCGUCGUUUGCGAAAAUUGCUUCAAGUUGAAAAAGAAAGACGUGAGGCAUUGUCUAGACAUUUGAGUGAAAGCGAAUCAAGUUUGGAAAUGGAAGAUGAAAGACAGUUUAAUGAAGCUAGUCGUUCCACUCGCUUAAGGACGAUUUCUGAUUGUACAUCUCCAUUUCAACCCCCUGUUCCUGCUCCUUGGACGUCUGGUGGUGGUACAUCUUCGUCAUUGUAUGGUCCUGGCCAUGCAUUUGCUGUUGCUGUAGCUGCUGGUGUGAGUGGUCAUUCAGGUACACGAGUUUGUCGGGAAUGUGGUCAACCAUUAACUAGUCCUUUUUCGACUGAUUCUACAUCUGUAACAAGUGGUCGGUUAGUCUCAAAUUCAUUGCAUAAUCCUAACCAUGUGGUGAGCUUACGUAAUUGUUCUGGUCGUUGUUGCUCUCCAAUCAGUAAUGUAAACACUUCAGAGGCACAUUCAGUUCAUACUUCAAACUCUCCUUCUACACCAACAACAUCAUCUUUAAAUAGUGAUCAUUUUGUAAAGCCAACUUACCCAGCUGCUGUAAGUCCACAACAAAAUCCUUACUAUUAUCAUACAAUCCCUUUAUCUGCUGAUAAUAGUCGGAUAUCUUCAUCAGAGAAACGAUUUUCAACUUAUUCAAUUGACGAUAAAGAUAUUAUUCAAAAACCAUUAGAUUUAGAAGAUGGAGAUGAAGAAGAUGAUGCUCGAUGUAUUACACCUCCAAGUUGUCAUAAUUAAUCAUUGAAUUCGAAACCUUUUUUCGCGUCUACACAAGCACCCACUACAUGAAGUGUAUUUUAUCACUUUCUACUCACUUUUGAUGUAAACGUUUUCUGUGUGUGUAUGCUGUUUUCAUUUAAACCUUCAUUCCUUCUCUCAUGUUACAUACUUAUGUAACAUACCAUUCAAAUUUGUGUAUAGCUUCACUAAGCACUAUUUUUGUGUUAUUUUCGCGUUCUUCAUCAAAUCUCGACUGUUCGAUUAUUUUUUUAUAAAGAUAUCAUUGGUGAUGAUAAUUAUGCCUAAACACAAAUAUAAAAAAUGGGUUUUUCCUGAGGGAAAUAGAAAAUUUCCAUAUAUAUUUCAUCAUAGCUUAUGACAAUAAAUUUAAGGUUGUUGCACUGCGUCCUGCUAUUUAUUUCGGUCCUAACGAGUGUUUACUCACUGAUAUGAUGAUAAGCGUGAGUGCUUUCGCUAUUCAGUUGAAUGGAUAGAUAUUUCAUCAAAAUGUAAAGCUUUUAAGUUGCUUUAAGAUUUUAUCUACAAAUUUACCAAGUGUUUUAAUCUAUUUUCCUUGUUUUUCUGACCCAUACUGUUAUCUAUGUAUGUAUGUAUCUGUGGGUGUGUACAUCUAAAUCAAUAUUUUCCUAAUCAGGUGUCUACUUAUAAUUGUUUCCAAUCUCGAACUCUAACCAAUUAACGAAAAAGACAGUUCACAGAUACACGAUAUGUGUACAUUUUAUUCACAGUCCACUAUUAUUACCAUAAAAUUCCAUUAUUUUCCUUGUAUGGCAUUCUUUGUGUUUUCUUGUAUGUCUUUAACGUACAGUAAGUGGUGUCAGUAACAAUAGUAGUAUUAGUGAGAAAAUAUCUUAUUGCCAUUUUGUCAACUUGUUUUGUCUCUUCGGUAUACGCUUUGUAAAUCAUUCAAUCCUCUUUUAUUGUUUGUUUAGAUGAACAAAUGGGCGUCAUUACUACUUAUUUAUCUAGCUAACUAUCUCUACCCAAUAUUAUUAUACUAUCUGUUAUAUUUUGUAGAACUUCUUCUUCAAUCUAUAUUUCAUACAUAUUUCUGUGUUUUUAUUACUGUGAUGUAAUGUCGCUGUGGUCUUUUGCUUCUCUUAAAUAUUGAAAUAUUCAAUUCGGUGAAUGAUAUCAACAUGCAUAAAUAAUGGAAGUUUUUGUUUAUUUAACAUUUUGAACACAAAAUAAAAUAAUAAUUCAUAUCUUUAAUAAAUAAUUAGUAUCAUCCAUUAUGCUACUGCUACUACUACUACUACUA